CUAUCUCACCUCUUCACAUUAUUUUACAUUCUGAUCUGAUCUGAUACAAAAACGUCAAAACCCCUUCUUUCCUUUAUUCAUUUAUAAUUUGAAUUAAUCGUCUGAGUUUUCAUCUUAUUCUCCUAGUGGUAUUGUUCAAUUUGAAUCGUAAAUAUUAUAAGAAUAGUUGCGACAAUAACGCUCAGUAAAACAAAGGAUACUGUAGCAAAGUACUCAAGCUUUGAAAUGAUGAAGAAGAGAGGUCGCUCAGCUAAAACUGACAAAGCCGAGGAGCCAGCGUCAAAGAAGCCAGCCAAGUCCGGUCCCGCCAAGACCGAUUUUGCUGCCUUGCCGGAUUACAAGAUUUGCGAGCGAAAGACUGAAGAUGGCAAGGAGUGGAACUUCAAGAUAACAUCUUGGAAUGUGGCUGGGCUUAGGUCUUGUGCUGGGAAAGGUUUUGCGGAGUUUGUGAAGCAUGAAGAUCCAGAUAUAUUCUGCAUGCAGGAGACCAAAUGCCCCGAUGAGAAGCUACCCCGAGGUAAAAUUGCCGGAUACUCUAAACACUUUCUGGCAGGGUCUAAACCGGGCUACGCAGGUGUGGCUAUGUAUUCAAAGGUGAAGCCGAUUGAGGUGAAGUUCGGACUUGGCAGUUCUGAAUUCGACGAUGAGGGAAGAGUCAUUACUGCUGAAUUUGAAAAGUUCUUCCUUGUCAAUACAUAUGUUGUGAAUGCAGGAGCGGGCUUGAAAACGCUGAGCAAACGCUUGAAAUGGGAUGAACUGUUUCGGAAUCACCUGAAAGAGCUGGAUGCCAAAAAGCCAGUUAUUCUCACAGGAGACUUGAACGUGGCUCAUAAUCCUAUCGAUCUGGCCAACCCCAAGACAAACACGAAAUCAGCUGGUUUCACAAUCGAAGAGAGAGACGGAUUCACAGAGCUGUUGAAAUGCGGGUUCGUCGAUACCUUCCGCGACCUAUAUCCUGACAAAGAGGGAUGCUAUUCGUACUGGACGUAUAUGGGCAACGCGCGGUCAAGAAACGUCGGCUGGCGACUGGAUUACUUCGUUCUGUCGGAACGUCUGAAGACGGCCGUCUGCGAUAAUGUGAUGCGGAAUGAUAUCUACGGCAGUGAUCAUUGUCCUAUUACGCUGUUCUUGCAUUUGGAGUGAAAUUUUUGGAACUACAUUCUACCUCUGCAUUAUUAUUCCCAAACUUGUUUUGUGAGUUGGUGUAUUUUGAUAUAAUAAACGUUUCCAAUAAAAAUAGCAACGAUUAGGAACUGUGAAUAACGAUAAAUAACUGUAAGUAACGACAAAUAACUGGAUGGAACUGUUAGUAACGAUAAGAAACUGAGAGUAAUAUUUGGAGACUACAUCCUACCUCUGUAUUAUUAUUUUCAAACAUGUUUUGUGGGUUUGUGUUUUUUUAUAUACUAAUAAACGUUUCCAAUAAAAAUAGUAACGAUUAGGAACUGAAAGGAAAUGUGAAUAACGAUAAAUAAUUGUUAGUAACGAUAGAAAACUGGAAGGAACUGUUAGUAACGAUAGGAAACUGAGAGUAAUAUUUGGGGACUACAUUCUACCUCUGUAUUAUUAUUUUCAAAUUUGUUUUCUGAGGUCGUGUUUUUAAAUAUAAUAAACGUUUCCAAUAAAAAUAGUAACGAUUAGGAACUGUGAAUAACGAUAAUUAACUGUAAGUAACGAUAGAGAACUAGAAAGAACUGUAAAUAAUUACAGGGAACUGAGAGUGAGGGCGAGACCAUAUUUAAAAAGUGAUGAAAGAUCAUCCAUUUAUAUUUAGUGACACGGAAAAUACGGUACCUAAAAUGUCACCUUGUUACUCCACUGUUUAAAUUGCAAAAAGGAAAGAUUUGAAAAUGAUCACUUGUUAACAUUUUAAGUGGAAACAUUACAGACUAGAAUUAUAAUUCUUAAUUAUUAUAAUAUAAAUAUUUGGAGACUACAUUCUUCCUCUGUAUUAUUAUUUUCAAACUUGUUUUGUGAGUUUGUGUGUUUUUUGAUAUUAUAAACGUUUCCAA